AUGUCGAGCCGUCACCAGGAAAGGCGCUGGGACCCCCAUGCCUACCCAAACCAGCGCGUGAUAGGCACUACGUGCUCUUCGCCUACCGGCUUCGACACUGUCCAGUCGUCCUUUGCCUACGUCGCCGGCGGUGCCGUUGUCGUUGUGGAUGUUCGUGGAGGGCACUAUUCACAGCGAUUCUACCGAGCUCGGCCCACGGCCGUUCCCAUCUUCUCCGUCUCGCCCGUUUCUCACGCACCAUCAACCCCAAACUCGACCCCCAAAGCAAAUGAUAGCAGGAAUAGGGUUGCAGCCUCACCGCGAGACUCCCUCUACGGCCCACUCGACUGGUCCGACUCCCCAACGUCGAAAACAUGGACAAGCCGCGAAAGAAUAAAGGCGGCCACGUGCCUGGCCUUGAGCUGCGACGGGAGAUACCUUGCGGUUGGCGAGACGGGCUACGCACCACGGGUGCUGAUCUAUAACCUUCAGGAUAACUCAUCUGACACGCCUUUAGUGUCCAUCAGCGAGCAUAUGUUUGGUGUCCGAGCGGUGGCGUGGUCUCAAGACACGAGAUAUUUGGCGUCUCUUGGUGCCGCAAACGACGGGUUUCUCUACCUCUGGAAGAUUGACCCACGGACAGGCGCGGCCAGGUUGUUCCAGCAGAAUCGAUGCACCUCUUUCAUUCGAGGAAUGAUCUGGAUGGGUAACAGCCUCGUCACGCUAGGUGUUCGACAUGUCAAGGUCUGGAGGGUCGAGGAGGGCGGCCCGAAUACUUCUCCCACAAAGUCAAAGUUCUCUGCCGACGGCCCUUUGCCACAACCACAGACACAGAAAGCUCUUCCGGGUAGGAAUAUCCUGCUUGGGUCGUUGCUGGACUCGACUUUUACUUGCGCAGCCGCCAUCGACGAGAACAGAGCCAUCAUCUGUUCCGAGAGCGGGGAUAUUUGUCUGCUGGACGACACCCAGAAGCAGAUGAAGCUGAUCAAAAUCCUCGAAGCCGGAUUCGUCGUCAAUUGCACCUCGAUCCGACAGAACAACAUCUAUAUCGGUGGGAAAGGGGGCGAAAUUAUAGCGUUGAGCGUCGACAUGAUCCUCGAGGGGCAUCCCGAUCCCAUUCUCAAGAGCUCCCGGGCCUCCAAUGGUCUGCUCGCCAUGGGCUUCUUGGCUGAUAAUAUGGUGACAAUCAAUACGAAACGGUCGAUUGACAUUUGGGGCGCAGAUUAUCUGCUCAUGGAGAGCAACCAAGACACGGCGCAUAUCCCAAUCCCCGGCCACGGAGACCCUAUCGUCGGAAUCCAACAGCUUCACGGCAUGAACAAGUCUGACGCCCCCUUUUUCACGUGGUCCGCCUGUGGGAGAGUCAAUCUCUGGGAUCUGGAAGGCAGGGUGAAAUCAUCCUUCGAUAUCGGCCUUGAACAAAUCGAGAACGGGACCGAACCAGACCGGGUGAACCAGCUCGUUAUCGUCAGAGCGACGAGAGGGGCUAAGCAGUUCAUUGCGGGAGACAAAUUCGGCGUCAUCCGAGUCAUAGACCAUGCGGCCGGUGAAUGCUGUAUGGAGAUCAAGGCCCAUUCAUCGGACUGUCAAGACAUCACAGUUUAUGAGGACGAUACGAGAGUGCUGGUGGCGUCUUGUGGGAGGGAUCGCACGGCUCAACUCUUUCGCAAGUCGGGAGACGGUGCUUUCGAACACUUCCAGACCCUCGAGUUUUCAGCACGAGUAGUCCAAGUCCUCAUCCCCUCACACGAGAGAAUUGUGGCUUGCUCUCUGGACCGAACCUUGCAGGUCCACGACCUGGUGUUGAAGGAGGGCGAGCCAGAUGUCAUGGCAGCUGUACCUCUGAAAGUGAUCUCCUUGAAGGCGACGCCGUUGUCAAUGGCCAUGCCCCCCGACGGCAAGUCCAUUUACGUGUCACUGCUGGAUCGCUCUGUAUGCCAAUACGACACCGAUUCCGGGCGGCUGUCGAACUCGUUCAAGUGCAUCGACGAAGGCGGCAUAGAAUCGGUCGUCCUAGACUCGCUCACUUACGGGAAAUCCAUGAUUCAAGAGUCGACUUUUCUGUUGGGAAUCUCAAAUACGGACAAGUCGGUGAGAAUCUACGACUCCCAGACCGGCGCGUUCCUCGAUCGGGAGUGGGGACACACGGAAGCCAUCAACGGGGUUCUCUUACUCGAUGAUGAGGAGGGCGGUCGCAAGGUGGUCAGUGUUGGCUCAGAUGGGACCAUCAUGAUUUGGGGAAUCGACAUGCAGGAGCCUUCGACGUUUCCGGCGAGCCGAGAGCCCUCUCCGGAGAAGAGCAGUUUCCCAACGUCGAACCAACCGCCCCUGAGACGGGUGCUGUCGAGAGCCGAAUUGGCCGAGUUUCAAAGACCAUCGUCGUCGCCCGUCAGCGGUCGUCGCUCUCCUCCCCGAACUCUGCAACGGCGCACGUCGAGAUACAAUCUCUCGAGCUCGGCGGCAAACCGCACCCCGACCACGACACUGCAGACCAGUCCCGCGAGUACCAUCGCCGAGCACACCCCGUCGAGGCGUCCAUCGUCAGGCGGGAGCCGGUCUGGUAGUCCACCGGAAAGCCCGAAGGGCAGAGCGAGGAUGACUAGGCGCCCGUCCUUACCUGUUCUGAACGGCACCCCUCCCUCCACCGCGGCGAUGGCGAGGAAGAAAUCAUCCACCUCGAACCUCCGCGCGAGUUACGGCUUCGGAUCCCUGAGCAUGGCGACGGAGCAGACGUGCCGGCAGCUCCGUGCGUAUCGCAAGAAGCUCGCGUCUACAGACCCCAUCGGGCCAGACGUCCUGGCUGAGCUGGAUGCCGAGUUGCGACUGACGGCUGCGGCGCUGGGGGAACGAGCCAUCAGGACCCGGAGCAGCAGGGAGACGAGAGAAAGAAGCAAGCCGGUCAGCGAGACGGUCCUGAGUGGCCUCUUGGAUCAGUACAGCGAAAGACUGGUGAGCAUGCUGAACGAGAAGUUGCGCCUAAGAUUGGACGAUGAGAAGGACCAGGACAAGGAGGGGGAGAGGCCACAGACUGCGGGCGGAGACUCGAAUUCGAGUUCUGUUACGCUUAGUGGGGAUGGUCCUGGACCAGUAUGA